CAUAGCCUGGCUGGCGCGACUCAAGUGUAUCAUAGCGCAAAGAGAGAUGUACUUCGAGGUGUUUUAGACUGUCUUCGCCCCGUCAGAACAUAUUUCAAUGCAGAUUCAGGCGCGCAAUAUUGGAUCUCCCGUAGGCUACCUCGUAUGAAGCACAAACUAUACAUUCGAAAUAGAAAAUAGAACGCAUGUUGUGUAACCAUUUCACUCCCAAACAGGACAUUCAAUGGCCGAGAUUUAUUUCCCAAGUCGGCAUUGAGCAAUUCCGUACAUGCGCUAUUGGGCUAUAGGAUUUUGGGGGAAACGAAUCCAAGUGGACCGCGUAGAAAUAGCUUGUGGAUGUUAUCCUAAUACCUUGUGCAUUGAACUGUGCUAUUUGGAUAUAGUUCAAAUACGCUGGAUAAGACAUCAUCCAUUCGCAGUGCUAUCAAAAUGCUAUAGCGAGGAGGAAAAAUGCUGUGUCACAUUUGGAGGCCACUCACGCGCAUCCCGUGCCAGCCAGUCUGAGCCAGAGCCAGUGCAUGCGCUCAGUGUGCCAUCGAUGAUGUUGUGGGAUAUAUCCAGUCUGGUCGACUAAACCGGCGAUGUAUUUACCACGCUAUGUGUUAUAACAUUUUUAAAAUCGACAUAGUCACGUACAGCCACUGGACUUUUCAUUCAAUCUAUGUAGCCUACAGUAGCGCUGGUGAACAUUAUGUUCUAUGUAGGAGGAGGUGGUGGGUAGCCUAUGCAAUUUCAGUUGUCGGCGUACUGAUCCCAUUUUGGAACACGUGAUGUUUACUCUUACCGAGGUAGCCGCCCUGAAUGACAUCCAGCCAACCUAUCGGAUCCUGAAACCAUGGUGGGACGUCUUUAUGGACUACCUGGGCGUCGUCAUGCUGAUGCUGGCCAUAUUUUCUGGAACUAUGCAGUUAACCAAAGACCAGGUGGUUUGCCUUCCUAUCCUGGAACCAGCUUCAGAGGACCCCAGCGGCUUCACAACACCGCAGCCAGCGGAGGGGUCUGGUUCUGGGUCAGGGAACGGAGGAAGUAGGGUGACGCUAGCCGCCACUCCCCUAGUGACUAAGGAUCUACCGGAUAGUGUUGUUCAUCAGAUUCACUUUACACAUUCUGGUGGUGUUGGACAGCAGCCUCUGCCAACAGGCCUCAGGACAAACCUGGACUUUCAGCAAUAUGUUUUUGUCAAUCAGAUGUGCUACCAUGUCGCCCUGCCGUGGUAUUCUAAAUACUUCCCAUACCUUGCUCUCAUACACACCAUCGUCCUCAUGGUCAGCAGUAACUUCUGGUUCAAAUAUCCAAAGACUUGUUCGAAAAUAGAGCAUUUUGUGGGGAUUCUGGGGAAGUGUUUUGAGUCUCCUUGGACGACCAAAGCAUUAUCUGAGACGGCAUGUGAGGACUCAGAGGAGAAUAAGCAAAGGCUCACUGGUGCCCCUUUCCUGCCAAAACAUUUCUCAACCAGCAGUGAAGAGGGAAGUCCUAACCAGUCCACCCCGAUGCUGGCUAAGUCUGGGGUCAAGUUCACUGCUGAUAAGCCUGUCAUUGAAGUCCCAUGCAUGACCAUACUAGACAAUAAAGAUGGAGAGCAGGCCAAGGCCCUAUUUGAAAAGGUUAGGAAAUUCCGUACCCACGUGGAAGACAGUGAUUUGAUCUACAAGCUCUACGUUGCCCAAACAGUGAUCAAAACUGUGAAGUUCAUUUUGAUCUUGUGUUACACAAUGACAUUUGUUGCUGCCAUUGAUUUUGACCAUGUGUGUGAGCCUGACAUAAAACAUUUAACUGGAUACACUAAAUUCCAAUGCACACAUAACAUGGCAUUCAUGUUAAGGAAGCUGCUUGUCAGCUAUAUUUCCCUCGUCUGUAUAUACGGCCUCAUCUGUAUAUACACUCUCUUCUGGCUCUUUCGACGACCUCUCAAGGAGUACUCUUUCGAGAAAGUCAGAGAGGAAAGUAGCUUCAGUGACAUUCCUGACGUGAAGAACGACUUUGCGUUUCUCUUGCACAUGGUCGAUCAGUACGACCAGCUGUACUCUAAGCGUUUUGGUGUCUUCCUCUCUGAAGUCAGUGAGAACAAGCUGCGGGAGAUCAGCUUGAAUCACGAGUGGACAUUCGAGAAACUGAGACAGCAUGUAACCCGCAACGCUCAGGACAAACUGGAGCUCCAUCUCUUCAUGCUGUCAGGUUUGCCAGACGCUGUCUUUGACCUGACAGAUCUGGAGAUCCUGAAGCUGGAGCUGAUCCCAGAGGCCAGGAUAACAGCCAAGAUCUCCCAGAUGAUCAACAUUCAGGAGCUACACUUCUACCACUGUCCUGCCAAAGUCGAGCAGACCGCGUUCAGUUUCCUUCGUGACCACCUCCGGUGCCUUCAUGUCAAGUUUACGGAUGUAGCCGAGAUCCCCACUUGGGUGUACCUGUUGAAAAGUCUGAGGGAGCUGUACUUGGUCGGGAAUCUGAAUUCUGAAAACAACAAGAUGAUCGGUUUAGAAUCUCUCAGAGACCUGAGGCAUCUAAAGAUUCUGCAUCUAAAAAGCAAUUUGACGAAGGUCCCGACCAACAUAACAGAUCUCUCUCCACACCUGAUCAAGCUGGUGGUACACAAUGACGGGACUAAACUCCUGGUACUGAACAGUUUGAAGAAAAUGAUGAACCUAGCUGAACUAGAGCUUCACAACUGUGAACUGGAGAGGAUACCCCAUGCUAUUUUCAGUUUGACCAACCUGCAGGAGCUGGACCUGAAAUCCAACAACAUUCGUACCAUUGAGGAGGUCAUCAGCUUCCAGCACCUCAAGAGGCUGAUCUGCCUCAAACUGUGGCACAAUAAAAUCAUUACCAUUCCAUUGUCAAUAAGCCAUGUCAAAAACCUUGAGUCCCUCUACCUUUCUCACAAUAAACUUGAAUCUCUGCCCGUACCCUUGUUUAACCUGCUCAAGCUGAGGUAUCUGGACAUUAGCCACAACUCCAUAGCGGUGAUUCCGCUGGAGAUUGGUUUUAUGCAGAACCUCCAGCACUUUGCCAUUACAGGCAACAAGGUGGAGGUAGUACCCAAGCAGCUGUUUAAGUGCACCAAACUGAGGACACUAAGUCUGGGACACAAUUGUAUCGCCGUCCUUCCAGAGAAGAUCAGCAAUCUGGUGCAGCUAACAAACCUGGAGCUGAAGGGAAACUGUCUGGACCGCCUGCCGCCCCAGCUAGGCCAGUGUCACCUCCUCCGCAGGAACUGUCUGGUGGUGGAGGACCACCUGUUUGACUCACUCCCCCUAGAGAUCAAGGAGAGUAUCAAUCAGGAAGCCAACAUGCCCUUUGCUAAUGGGGUGUGAGUGUGGCAGGACAGUGAGAGUCACUUUACCCAUACUGGAGUGGGAUUACAAAAAUGAGACAACUGUCCACAGUCAAUGUUUGUAAUUACAACAAGUGAACUGAAAGAAAGGUUUUUGCUCAGGGCUGACUCGUCGUGAAAGAACAUUAUGUUUUAGACUGGUAUAAAAUGGCACUGUGAUCACUCAUUAUGAAAGAAGAUCCCAGGUACUGUGGAAAAAGCCAUAAGUAUGGUCUAGUUAAAAAAUGGUAUGUUAGUUCCACAGUUAUGGGCUGGUUCAAGAGUGAUGGUCUGGUUCAAGAGUGAUGGUCUGGUUCAAGAGUGAUGGUCUGGUUCAAGAGUGAUGGUCUGGUUCAAGAGUGAUGGUCUGGUUCAAGAGUGAUGGUCUGGUUCCAAAGUGAUUGGGUGGUUCCAGAGUGAUAGGCUAGUUCCAGAAUGAUGGACUGGGGUGUAAUCAUUAGUCCAAACAGUUGCAAAGCAUAAUAUUUUGCAACUAAAACUAGUGUUUCUAUUGGACAAUUCAGGUAGGUCCUUCCCCGUUUCAUUCCAUUUGCUUCUGUUUAAGAAAUGUUUUGCAACAGAAUCGGCGUAAUGACUACAUCCCUGGUUCCAGAAUGACCAGGGUCUGGUUCCAGAGUGACGGCUAGUUCUAGAAUGACGACCAUGUUUGUGUUAGACCACAAAAUGAUUAGUCAAUGUUCUGAGGAAAAUGGAUGCUCCUCUUAAUUAUGGAACAGAGAAUGGUGGUAUAGAAUUUAUAGAUGCGAGGGAUACAUGGUCUGAUGAGAUUUUAUGUUUGUUUUCUUUGUUUUCUAGCAACAUUUUAUGGAACGCCGUUUGGGUCUUUGCGUGUCAAAAAAGAUACACGUCAAAUAACACUUUGUCAUGUCAAAUAACACUAUUUGUCGUGUCAAAUAACACUAUUUGUCUUGUCAAAUAAGCUUGUUGACCAAUCAGGACCUGAAUAUGACUGCACGUCACAUAAUAAUUUAACGUGUUCAUAACGUAGUUUACGUAGUUAUUACACAUUGAUUACACUCACUCGUAUUUCAUAUGUCACAACGAUUCAUCGAUACGUAUGCUAUGAUACUAGUACAGUGCUGGUCAUAAAAAAAGCUAGCUAGCUCAUGGAUGCGAACAAUGUCUUCCACAAAAACAUAGCAAAACGACAUAAUCUGUUUCAGUAGCUAUAGUUAGCUAGCUAACUAUAUAGCUAGGUUUCAUCGUCUAAAAUAACCCUAAUUUACAAGACAGUUCUUAUUUGAUUAAUGGUGGUCGGACCCAUCUAUGUGAAGCUAGCCACAAUAAGGAUUAGCCACAAUAGUGGACUUUGCGGUUAGCCUUCCAAAUAAAAGUAUGCCAAUGACAGUGUUGCAAAUUAAUAGAAAUUGUAGAAUUAUGCCAUAAUUGAAUAGAUCAUGAUAAACGAGUUUGGAAUGGUAUAUAAAAUCAACAAAAUACAAUCAUUUGUUAAUUUGACAAAAAUGUGUUGAAAUCACACUGGAUGUAUUAGACUUUAGAAUUUCAUUGGGGCAUACUUAUUUCACUGUACAGCCUUACCUAAGGAUUGUGGAUAAAUGACAUGGGGUAUCAGUCUACUCAGUGACACACAGAGAACAAUAGCAUCGUAGCUCUUAUUGUGGGACUCUGAAACUGUGAAUUGAGACACAUUUAUUGUCAACCUAUGUGUAUUGAACACUAUUCCAGAGGAAAAAUAAUACUGUGUGGAUGUUUGAGCCUAGUAACUCUGAGGAGGACGUUGGGGAAAAAUGUAUUGAGUAGACUGAUAACCCAUUUCAUUGAUCCCCAAUCCUUAGGUAAAGCUGUACAGUGCAAUAUGAAUGUCAAUACACACAAUAGGCUGAAUAGGGAGGUGAUUUCACACAGUCACACUCCUGCGAUAAGAGCUACAACACUAAUACUUGCGUAAACUCUUCACAGUUGUGUUUUAUGGGUGUCACCGAGUAGACUGAUACCCAAUUUAAAAUCUUCACAUUCCAACCUUGUUUAACAUGAUCUAGUCUAAAUAUGGCAUGAUUCCACCAAUUGCAACCUUCUGCAUCACUUUCAAAUAGGUACUUUUAUUUUUAAGGCAAAUCGCAAAUUCCACAAUUGUGCCUAAUCCUUAUUGAGGCUAGCUUCACAACACAUAACCCGGUCAGGUCGAGCCUAAUGAAGCUAGCUGGCUGCUUACAACGUUAGCUUUUGGCAACAGGGUUUAGUAGCUGGCUAGCUAUUUAUUUUCAUGAACUGAAGUUCAGUUGUAAUAGGUGAACAACAAGUGGCUACCUAGCUAAUAAUUACUCACAAGAAUCCCUAAAUUAUUGCUAAGAAUAAUAAAAAUGACUGCAGUUUCUACUGGUCAUUGUUUUCAGGCUGGUUGUAUUGGUGUUAGCUAGGUAACGUAAACUCACCCCAUUCCGUACAAAUGUGCGCAACAGCAACAUUCAAACGAGGCUACAAAGAAAACGAAUGGGACUGUAGCGACUGUGUUGACUUCAAAAUCUGGGGUGUGAACUAGGUUUCUAUUCAAGCGUUGAUCGACAUGGUAAUGGCUCUAUAGUAUUGGAGAAGAGUUGAAAAAAACAGACCCUCCGUUACAUCGUGACGUGUCAUGUCGUAACGUACAGCACACAUAAAGCAACUAUUUCUGUCUUACAAUCUCUCUCCACCAGGUGUAUCACUUCUAUCAUCGUUUAAAAACAAGAAAUGGACAGUGACGGGGGUAAGGGGGGAUACCUUGUCAUUUUUUGCGUCAUCAUUGCAUGCGAUCAUCAUUCUCAAAGCCGCUGUUUACUUCUAAGAUCACUUUAGCACCGCCCUAAAAACUCGACACAAACCUUCAAAUAGGUAUGUAAUGACACAUUAUAUAAAGUCUUUAUAGUGUUUUAUUUACAUUUUAGAGGCGAUAAGGUGAUAAGUUGGACAGAUCGAGUGAAAAAAAAGCAAUUUUCCCACACAACAUCUCUCCUUCUCACUAUCACGCAUUAGUUCGGCUUCCCCACCCGCCAUUUUUAAAAAGACCCGAUUUGGCUCAUUGUCUUCUUGAAUUAUGCAGAAACGGGCAGCAUGGGGGUCAUGUAAUUGAUUCUGAUGGAAAGGGGAGAAAUUGUGCUUUAUAAUGAUAUUGACAUUACAGUUUUACUGGAAGUAUUACAUUUUUUGGGGCGCUAAAAUAAGGUCAAUUGUACGGACCAGGGCGAUGUACAAAAGUGAGUGAGUUUACGUUACCAAGCUAAAGCUAGCCAGCUACCCCAGAACUUGCGGUCCAACACAACAUUCUACAAUUAAACUGUGUUAUUUGACAUGUCAAAUUUAAAAGCUUAUUUAACGUGUCAAAUAGUGUUAUUUGACGAGUAUCUUUUUUGACACACAAAGACCCAAACGGUGUUCCAUAACAUUUCUCUACCUUUUUUCUGAAUCCAGGAAAGUCCAUAUCAUGGCUGUCUGAUGGAAACCUCUCAUAAUUGUAUGUUCGUUAUUGGGUAAAUAGGGUCAUUUUUUUCUAUUCCCUGAAAAGUGUGUUUGAAGAUAAAACUUCAUAAGCUAUUUUGAAUACAUUGUUUUGUCAUGAAAUGUUCAGAGUACAUUGAGGGGAGUUAAUGCUUUCAAUAAAUGUACAAAAAAAAAAUGUUAAAAAAAAAAUGUUAAGGUUUUCAUCAGACAGCAACUAUAUGUGGCAGUUUCGGGAGUCCUCUCUCGAUUUUUACUUUGGUCUUUUGUUAUGUAUAUUUCAUUCAGUAUAUUACCUGCAGCUGUGUGAAAGGAACCACUAAACUCUCCGACAAAUGCGACAACCCAGUCAACAAGCCUGCCUAUGCCCCUAUUGUGGUAGUACUGUACUGUCAGAACCACACGGAACAGACUGAAGAAUCCAUCAACAAGGAUGAUUAUAAAACACUA